AUGAUUGUUAAGGUAUUUGAUAAGAUAUACAUCAGCAAUGUAUACAACGCAAAUGAAAUAUAUCAACUAAUAAAAUUAAACAUCGGUGGUGUUCUUACCUGCUUUGGGUGUAAGAGCAUUGAAUGGUGCCAUCAUAAUGCCGAUGAAAAACAUAAAGUAUUUUACAAAGACAAAUUUAUAAAUUGCAAAAGCGAAUUGUUAAGAAAUAUAAAUGAUAAUUUUGUAGGAGAUGAACAUUCAAAUGACAUUCCUGCAAAUAGUAGAAAUGAUGGAAAUGCUGUAACAUUAAAAUGUAAUGAUGAUUGUAAUGAUGGCGAUGAGAAGAAUACGGAUCAUACAACUCCAUCUCAUUUAAGGGAUGAUUCACAAGAGUUAGUUUCCAGUACCUCGGCUCACUACGACUACAUAGUAUAUCCAUACGAAAUUUUAAAUAGCAAACUUGAUAAUAGUACGAUCAAUGAUUAUGUAAAGGCAAUGCUUCACCUAAGUGAUGAUACUGAAAUUGAUUAUGUUGUUAAUGCAGAGGAAAGCGAAAUUGACUACGGACCCACAAAAAGGCAAAGAGACUUAGAUAACGAAAAAGGAAGUACUCAAGUAAAGGGAGAAGAAGUGAAGGCAUUGGUAGAAGAGAAAGACGACUUAUACUUGUGUAAGGACGAAAAAGUGGAAGAAUGUCCUAAUGACAAUAAUCAGAACGAGAAGAAUGAAAAGUUAUGUAGAAUUAUGAAAAGUAAAGACGUUUUGAAAGAACAGAUAGCUAAAGAAGAUUUACCUUCAGAGCCGGUUAGUUACAAAGACAACUCAAAGGAAGACGCAGGCAGAGAAGCAGCAACAGGUUCAACAUCAAACGCAGCCAUAAACGGAGCCACAGAAGGAAUGAUACAAAAUGUGUGUGAACUAAAUAAAUCAUUAAGGGAAAAGGAAAAAACAGUUUCCAUUAAUAAUAUAUACAAAAUGAAACAUAUGUAUAUAAACAUACUAGACACGUUUGAUGAAAAUAUACUAGACCAUAUAGAAAACGCACAUGCAUUUAUCGAUGAUAUAAUUUCAGAGAAUAAAAAUAUACUUGUUCAUUGUAUGGCUGGAAUAUCUCGUUGUUCUUCCAUUAUUUUAUCAUAUGUUUCUAAAAAAAAUAAAAAAGGAAUCAACAAAAACUUGUCUAUCCUCAAGAGUAAAUACCCCUUUGCUCAUCCGAAUGAAAACUUUUACCGACAACUCCUUCUUUAUGAAAAGAUGAAUUACACACUAGAUGGAAGUACAGAGUUCCACAAUGCAUAUAAAAAAAUAAAAUUUGAUAGAAAAUUUCUUGAAGAUUUAAAGCUGUUCAAUUUAAAAAACGAAAAAGAGCCCACAUACAAGUUUCGGUGCAAGUUUUGCAGAUAUGCUCUCUUCAGUGAUAACGACAUCAUUGAACAUGAUCUAGACAAGUGCAAAAUAAAGAAAAACUAUGGCAAUUGCUGCACAAGCAUUUUUAUAGAGAAGAAGGAAUGGCUGUUAACGGAGGGCACCUUAAAGGGAGUGCUUUAUUGUCCUAAUGCUAAUUGUAACAUAAAACUAGGCAAGUGGUCAUGGAACGGCAUAUGUUGUUCAUGUGGUUAUCUGCAAAUUCCCGCUUUUAUGGUAAACACAUCAAACGUUGAUCGCAUGCGCAUUAAUACUAUUUGA